AUGACAUCUGGCAAAGGCCAAACUGAGGACAAGAAGAGGAUGCGUGGUUGCCAGGAGCUGCAGCGGUGGGCGAGCUGCGCCAUGGCUGGUGCGGCGGGGAUGCUGCUGCUGCUGCUGGGGCUGCUGCUGCCCCAGGAGGCGCCCGCGUCCCUGCAGAGCAGGAAAGGGUCUGCGAUCCUGUCCCACAAGGAGAAUGGGGAGGCCUGCGGACAGCACUCCGAGUGCCAGACCAAUUGCUGUGUGCGCACCAGCCUGAACCCGCAGAAGUUCUGCACCACCCAGAACCUCUUCCAGCAGUGCCUGCCCUGGCGGAAGCCCAACGGACAUCGGUGCUCCAGCCAUAAGGACUGCUACAGCGACUGCUGCGUGCAGACUGGCAGGCAGCCAGACAUGUUCUGCAACACCAAGACCAUGCUGCAGUGCGUGGCCUGGCGCAAGCCCGACAGAGACCUGUGCAGCAGCCACAACCAGUGCUGGAGCCUGUGCUGCAUCCAGGUGGGUGAGUCCAGCCCCACGCGCUGCUGGCCGCGGACAGGGUUCCUGGCACAGUGCCUGCCACUGCUGGCCCCCUCCUCCCUGGCCAGGUCCCUGGCCUGGAAGUCUAUCUUUACUGGGGUUGGUGGCUGCCGAUCAGGACGUGUUGGUGGCCAGUCCUGUUUCUCGACACUGUGUCGAGUCCACUCCAUGGCUGUGUUACAGCUGGAGGCUGUGACCCUGGCCAGGGCCUUCACAGCUCCCAAGAUGUAG